GCAUAGUGUGUCCUUCUCGGAUCCCGUUCGCUUCCGUCUGUUCUUUUCUAACCGGAAGUGAGGCCUCCUUUUUCCUGCAGAUUUCGCCAUGGCUCGAGGACCGAAGAAGCACCUGAAGCGCGUGGCGGCGCCGAAGCACUGGAUGCUGGACAAGCUCACCGGAGUCUUUGCUCCGCGCCCAUCCACUGGUCCUCACAAGCUGAGAGAGUGCCUUCCCCUCAUCAUCUUCCUCAGGAACCGGCUGAAGUACGCCCUGACUGGAGAUGAGGUCAAGAAGAUCUGCAUGCGGAGGUUCGUCAAGAUCGACGGCAAGGUCCGCACGGACAUCACCUACCCCGCUGGCUUCAUGGAUGUGAUUAGCAUUGAGAAGACUGGAGAACACUUCCGUCUUAUCUAUGAUGUCAAGGGCCGCUUCACUGUUCACCGCAUCACAGCUGAGGAAGCCAAGUACAAACUCUGCAAGGUGAAGAAGAUUAUCAUUGGCACCAAGGGGAUCCCACACCUGGUCACCCAUGAUGCCCGAACCAUCCGCUACCCUGACCCACUUAUCAAGGUCAAUGACACUGUUCGCAUUGACCUGGAAAGUGGCAAGAUCACAGAGUUUAUCAAAUUUGAUACUGGUAAUCUGUGCAUGGUGACUGGAGGUGCCAACUUGGGGCGUAUUGGUGUGAUAACCAACAGGGAAAAGCACCCUGGCUCCUUCGAUGUGGUCCAUGUGAAGGACAGCACCGGCAACAGCUUUGCCACCAGGCUUUCGAACAUCUUUGUCAUUGGCAAGGGCAAUAAACCAUGGGUUUCUCUGCCCCGUGGAAAGGGAAUCCGCUUGACCAUCGCCGAGGAGAGGGACAAGAGGUUGGCUGCCAAGCAGGGAAGCAGCUAAGCCCAAUCAGAAUGGGCUACUGUGCAGAAGUGAUUUCAAAUAAAGGAUUAUUUACAGAAAAAACAA